AUGAAAAUACUUUUAACAGAAAUAUUUCCUCAUUCUCGUGCUGCUUCUACUGCUACAGCUUGCUCUUCAAGCCUUUAUUCCUCAAUUAGUAGUAAUUUCUAUAAUCAACAACAAAACAUUGACCGUCCUCGCAUUAUAGAACAAUCUUCCCAUUCAGCUAAUGGCUCUAAUAAUUUUAAUUCUCCAAUAAUGUUAAUGCGUGCUAGGAAUGGCAGAAUUGGCGGAUCUCUGCGAUAUCCUCCUUCUAGUACACCUCCAAUGGCACGAUCUUUCCCAGCGCCUCCUUGGCGCAAUUCUUCUAUAAAUGGACGAAAACAGGAAGAAUUUGUCAAAUCUACGAAUCAAAAUGAUUCAAAUAUUCAAAAGUUACCAGCUUGUUGUAAAGUUAUGCAAGCUGAUGUUCUUCCAGAAGAAGAGGAGCGCGUAAUUAAUCGAAUGACUCAAUCUGUACUUCCCAAUCAUCAGAAAACCCAAAUUCAACAACCACGUAUUAUAUCCCAAUCUUCUACCACAAGUUUAUUACCUAAAAGAGCUCCUCCUCUCCUUUCUACUCAAAAUAAUCAACAACAAUUUACUAAUCGUCCACCACCUCCUCCAUAUCCAGGAAAUUCUUCAGUUCAUUCAAUUAAUGCGGGACAGUCAAAUAAAGUUUUUGAUGAUUUUAGAGUCAAUGGAAUUGGACAAACAAAUAAUUUAAACAAAAACAACAACCAUAAAGUGACGUGUUCUCCUAAUAUUCAUUGCAAUGAUGAUAAUAACAAUAAUAAUUUAAUUCCUUGCGAUACUUCCACCCCAAAAUCUGUUGUAGACUCUCCAAAUUCAUCAAUAAAAAAUUUUCAUUACCAACCACAUACACAACUAGUAAAUAAUAUACCAUCGCCAAUUGAAUUUUCACGUGCUAAUAAUGUGAAUGAAUUGAAAAAAGGUGCAAAAUAA